AUGGCAAAAAGGAAACGAAAUAACAGUGUCCUGCCUUCUUCGCCCAUUGAAGGAUCAUAUUUGACCAAGGACGAGGAGAACCCCACAGUACCUUUGCAGAAUCAUUUUGGUUCCGACAAAAAGACACUGGUGAGCACGCUUUCUCAAGCGGUCCAUUUGAAUGACACUUCUAUGUUGGAGAUGGCAUUUUCUGAAGGGCUCAAAGAUCCUUCGCUCAUCGAGAUAACUGUAAGGCGACUACCGCAAGCACUUGCAAUUCCAUUUUUCAAAAAACUGGGGCUUUGCAUCGUGGAGUCACCAAACCGUCUGAUGGUGUAUUUGCCUUGGGUUUCUGCGCUAAUCAGUGCACAUUGCUCAAUUAUCCUAUCAACGCCAUUGCUGCAUGAGCAGUUGAGGAGUCUGUUGGAGACGCUUGAAUCCAGAUUAUCUUCGCGAUCAGAGCUCGAGAGGUUAUCGGGAAAACUAAAUUUUCUCGUGGAUCGGAUUGGGAUGCGACUGGAGGGCGGCCUUACUCCGCAAGAGAAGGAGUUUGUCCCUGCCCAGGUCUUUUCUGAGAGAAUAGAAGAUGAAGCUACUGAGCAGGCGGAUCUAGACACGGAAGAUACUGAAGAUGCAGAUAGCGUAGAUGGUUCUGAUCGAGACGCUUCAGAUGGCCACUCUGAUGAGGGCGAAUCUGCAACUACCAUUGAGGAAGAUUCGGACCAAGAAUCAGAGGAAGAGCAAAGUGAUGCCUCCAUUGGCGAAGACUGUAGUGACAAUGCAUCCAGUGCCGACGAUUAA